UCUUGCUUUUCGCAUUGCAUGCCAAUCCCCUCUCUCGCUUUCUCACCUGACUUUGGCCCUCUACUUUCCUCCGAUUUAAUCUGUUAUUUACACUGGGGUUUUUCCCUUUUUUUUCUUUUUCCAAUGAGGAAGCCUUGUUGUGAGAAGAAAGAGACUAACAAAGGAGCAUGGUCUAAACUGGAAGACCAGAAGCUUAUUGAUUACAUUCAAAAACAUGGUGAAGGUUGCUGGCGCUACCUUCCUCAGGCCGCAGGGUUGCUACGUUGUGGUAAGAGUUGUCGAUUGAGAUGGGUAAACUACCUCAGGCCAGACCUUAAACGAGGCAAUUUUGGCGAAGAUGAAGAGGAGCUCAUCAUCAAACUCCAUGCACUCUUAGGAAACAGGUGGUCACUGAUAGCGGGAAGAUUGCCAGGAAGGACAGAUAACGAAGUGAAGAAUUACUGGAAUACUCACAUAAAAAGGAAGCUGUUGCAGAAGGGAAUCGACCCCAACAAUCGUAAAUUGGUACUCUCUAGUAUAAGUAUAGCCAAAUCAAAAAUGUCGAAUGAGUCCAAUUCUAGCACUGUGGAUUCUGGCAGCGAUGACAGCAAUCAAGACAUGAAAUUUGCAAGUGGGUCCGAGAGCAACACAAUGAGCAGUUUGCCAGACUUGAAUCUCGAUCUUACAAUUGCCCCUCCUCCCCCUCUUCCUCUAAUGGAAGAGAGGCAGUUAAUUAAUCUGGACUCUAGCUAGUCAAAUGGGAUACGCUGUAUACAAGUAGAACCCAACUUCAGUUAUUUAAUUAGUUGCUCAUCUUAAAUUUGUUUAAUAAUCAUCAAAUCAUAUAGGGAAAUGAUAUCUAUAUGUAAUCCAAAUCUUUUAGUCUUGAGGAGCACAAUGUAUCCCAUAACUAGUGAUAUCUACAUUCACAGGCA